UACCACUCCUUAUUGCUUCAUCUCUUACUUUCAGAACAAAACGCACUUCUCUCACUCUGCCACUACGGUGGCAAACUUAGACCCAACCCAAACACUGAAUCAUCUUUCUCCUCCGCCACUUCCACCGCCGCUAAAUGGAGGCCGUCGGUUCCAGACUCAGCCGCGCUUCCUCUCGCUACGGUGCUUCCACCGUCUUCACCGGACCGGUCAGGAAGUGGAAGAAGAAGUGGGUCCACGUCACCCCGUCUUCCUCAGUCAGCAACACCACCGCCACAACCAACAACAACGGUAACUCUCAUGCCAAUUCCAACUCUUCUUCUCGCCUCCUCCUCCGCCGCUGGACCCCCACCACCGCCGAUGACGCGGCCAGUGUCUCUGACGAGCCUCCCAGGAGGAAGUUCCGUUAUACCCCCAUUGCGGUGCUAGAAGAACAGAAAAGAAUGAUGGUUGUAAAGAAAGAAAAGGAACCCACAACUGGGAGUGGCCAAUCGGCACUUAAACAGACAAACAUCACUCAUGAGAAGCAAGAGAAAUUUAACAUGAAUGAAAUAUUAGAGGAAACCAAGGAUUCAAACAUUGUUAAAUUGGAUCAUGGUUUGGAUUUGCAGAGCAACAAUGAUGAAACCAGUGUGAACAGUGAUACUCAAUUGGAAAGUAAUAUCUAGUAGUUGGUCCAUGAACUGAGAAAAUCAAGAUGUGAGGAAGCGAAGUGUUGAUUCAAGAAACACUGAAGUAGUAUAUAUGACCUUUUAUCACCUUACAAUCCUACCAUCCUAUAUUGAGAUGUAAUGUAAGUGAGCCAUAAUCUUGUGUAUAGUGCUGUCAGUAGCAUAGGAAUGAUCAGUGACUAGUUUUGGUCAACAAAGAAUGAUCAGUAAUAUUUCAUGAUGGAUCAUAUGCAUAAUGUGAUGCUUACUAUGUCUUGCCUUAAUUGUGGUGCUUUGUAGGUUUUCAAAAUUCGUAACUAUGGAGGACAAAAUCUAGACUCAAUAUCUCUAUGUAAUCGAAAUUAGAGUUACAUGGAUAAUAUGUGAUAAAAAUUUGUAUUAACACAAACAUAUAUUACUGAAACCUCCUUGGUAAAAAAGGGAAAUGAGAAACCUUUCACAAUAAAAAAGAGUAAUAAAUAUUUACUAAGAAUAAAUUUCUUUUGUUAGUAUUUGAAUAAUUUUAUCUAAGCAACCUUAAUACACCGACAACAAAGAUGAGUUUAUACCAUCAUCUAACUAAAUAACAUCUGAAUAAUGAGUUUUGAAAUAAUU